AUGGCCAGCUCUCUCGUCAACAAGCUGGUUGCUAGCCUAGCUAGCGCCCAGAACGAGGUUUCUCUCGCAGCCGCCAAUCUCAACCUUGAUUUUACCCUCAUCAGGCUGGAGGCCCCCAAGGAGUUUAGAGGCGUCGACAACAGCCUCAGCGAUGUGCGAAGGGAUAAUGCCGAGAGAGGUUCACUCCACCGAACUGCCCGCAAGUUGGGUGCCCUCUUUGAUGGGGUUCCGCCCCCAGCCGAACACCUCUUAUCAGCCUAUGGCAAGCGCGUGUCCGAGAUCUGCGAGCGGAAGCAUAUAGACCCCAAAGAGCGAGCCAGGCACGGCAUCUUCUCUCAAUUUGUCGGGCCUGACUCGGCCAGCUUGUGGGCAGCAGCGACCUCUGGCACAAAUGCGAUUGCCAUUCAUCUGCUGGCAUCUAUGAUUGCCGGAGUGUUUGACAGUGCCGAGUCAAUCGCUCUUUGGUUGCAGCUUAUCGAGAAGAGGAAAGCAGAAAUCGAGAGCACCAUUGACAAAGAGAGGGACGCGGUCAAGGCUAUGGCAACGGCACUGGCAACCCAGCAAGAAUUCACGAGAGAUGAGCUAGCAGCCUGGGACAACAGUGCUAGAUCCUGGAUCAACACAGGGCAUGCAGCGAUGGCUGAACAACGAAAAGUCGCUCUCUUGUAUUCCGAUGAGGCUGGGAUGCCGGUUAACAGUUCAACCGAUCCAUACGAGAGCGUCAUCGCGGCCUGGAGGGAUGCAAUGUCUUCAAUGGAUUCCCUUAUCCAGGGCAUCCCACAGAGGGUCCGGAAUGGUGCUGUUCUCUUGGCUAUCAAUUCCUGGCACUUGUAUCCGGACCUAUGUAUCUUGAGCCGUGGGCCUGAUGUCAUUCAUCAGAAAGAUCCACUCGUUCUUGGCUCUGGGAUCCUGACGGUGGACGUUGAGAGACCCUCUGAGACCGGUGGCAGCGUGGUAUGGUCCCUGCCACUGGCCUAUUUGAGGUACUACGGCGAACCUGUCGUCGUUAAUCGUACCCUCAGUGUGGACUCUACGCGGAUAUCUAUGGAUCAAUUCCGGUACGUCCUACUUGGAUGUGUCUUCGCCACCUGGACAGGCUUCGGCGGGUCAGUCCUAGACGACAUCAACCUUAUGGCUCGAUUGCUGGAUACCUUGCGCUCACCCGAGCGAUCAACGCAAGACUCAACCAAGCGCAGAGCGCAAUUGUACCGAAUGAAGAGGAUCACAUCUCAGAACUCCUGGAUUGGGCAACUUCUCAUGGCUGCAGAUGAUAUCAUAUCCGGAGAUGAUGUUGAGAGGGAGACUGCUAUCAAAUUGGUCAACCACGGUCGUCGUCACGCCAAGUUUCUCUGUAAGCCCGAGGAUUGUCCUCCGCCAUUCUUUGGUCUGUCCUACAUCCCGUCUUUGUUCGCGUUGCUGAACAGCCCUGAAGCAUGGAUAGGAUACCUAAGACAGCUCGCGACUGACCGAGGCUUGUCUGGCGAUAAUUAUGUCAUCAGGUACUAUCUUCGCUACGGAAGCCUCGAUUAUGAAUAUGCCACUAUCAAACCUGUCAGUGGAGAGUCCGAAGUAAGCAAUCAGUUUGGGUUCAUUCGACGACCGAAGCCACCAACAACCCAAAGGGAGGCGAGGCACAUGCGAUGGAUUCCAAUAACAACUAAACAACCAUCUUGCGAUUGUGUGGAAGCUUGCUCCAUGGGAGGGCCUGCGCCAUCCCGAGGAGAAAGAGAAAAAACAUCUCAUUUCAUGCGAUUGGGCCAGCAAAAAAAGGGCCCUGACACGAUCUGCUCUUGCCGGGCGCAUGGAGGCUGUUCGGUGACCUGUCAUUGGGACCUGACAAAAGAAUGUCUCUCUGGUGAAUCGAGUCUUAUCAAGGAUCGCAUGAGCUACAUUCACGGUAGAGGAGAAAUCUGCUUGCCGGUGCACGACAUGGACAUAAAAUCUUAUCCAGCGAGCGUGCGAGCGGAUUUUGGGAACGGGACAGAUUUCCAGGCCGCCCUGAUGCAACUCGGAAGUGGACAAAAUGGAAGAGAUAUCUUCGUAAACCUUGAACCUUACGCUGGCGAUUAUGACAAAGCCGCGAUAUUUAUAACGGGUCCGACUCAUUCGCAACGGCCGAGACUGGAGCGAACUCAUAACCCCGACUAUCUCAUCACAGGGGAGACAUUUCAAAAAGCCUUUCAGCCUGACCAACUUAAUCACGACCUUCUGACGGAAUGGUUCCUCACCAAGCUUCUAGCAAAGAAUCCCGGCUUUGUCCAACCGCUUCGAGCCUGCGCUGCGGCAGGUGAGAUGUAUUCACGCCUGCCAGAAGCCACCGUCGACUCUUCAAUUGUCGCCCGCACGUCACUCACUGAUGCCCGGUGGUUUUCAAGAGCAGAUAUGGGUAAGGAUUUCCCACUGUCGAGGCCCGAGGCGUUUGCCUGCAUCGCCAUGUUUGAUUCGGGCCGCAUCUACGACACUGGGUACCUGCAAAAUGUCUUCGCCAUGACUUAUGGCAACUCCAUCUUUGUCGCUAGUCCCAUGAUGGCUGAUCCAUACGAAACGCCCGUCGAGACUGAAAUCAAACGUGUUCCCGGCAACAUAGGACAGCCGGGGUUGUCCUUCCUCAUCCCACCACCAGAGCCACGGAUCCGAAAGUCAAACCCCGAAGCUUGGACUGUUCUCAGCCACAAGCCAUUUGAAGGACAACUCGAGGACAACUUUUGGAAAACGUCGAUGCACUUGACCCUUACUCAGUACCAGCCCGGGUUGCGUGGUUUGUACCACGAUGAACACUUCAUCGAUGAAGGGAGUGCCCUCCGGGAAACUCUGGUCCAAGUCUACGACAGCUCGGAGUGGGUAUGCGAUCUCGACAUCCUUUCGGCUCUCAGUAACCCUCUGGUAUCCCGUGUCAGAUGCAGUGACCAGGACCAGCACACAGCGCCUCAGACGAUUCCGGACACCUUUCCGCAAACCGCCACGGUGGACAACUGGGAAGAAUUACUUACACCACCCCUUGAUGCCGGGUUCUCUGUUGUUCGAACAUCUGGGAACUGGCUGGGACGGCUCGCUGCCGUGGGGGUUAGCAUCCGCUUAAGGAGACGUGCCGUUAUUCUUCCGAAACAGCCAUGUUGGUCUUGUGUUGAGACUCACUUGAGAGGAUUGAAGCCUUCUCGCGAUGAUAAUUUCGACGCUGAUGCUUUGGACCCUGUCCUGAUCUUGUGA